CCAAUCCGAUUUUCGUUGAAUGGGCAGAAAUGGACAAAGACCAACUAAUCCAUGUGGUGCUUUCUAGACGCGUUUAUCUGGAAGCAUCCAAGAGAAGCUCAAGUUGGUUGAAUCCUUUAGAUAACUUGUGUUCCUAUAGAAGAGAACACACAGAGAGUAUACUUGAGUUCUAGUUCUCUCGUCCAGGUCUUUGAAAGACUUGAGUUUGCAAGACUGUUUUGAUACCGCUGAAAGUUUGUUCUGAAUAACGACCUUUGAAGGAAAUAGCUGUUAUCUCGUAUUACGGUUGUCACUAUACGAUAGCUCAAAGAAAGAACUCAGAAUAUGUAAGGUCUAGAAUAAACAUACCCUUUAUCAUGAAUAAGAAAUCCUCAAAUAGUACUGUUUCACUAUAUAGCUUCUCAUCAACCUCUUGCUUUUGGUUUCGUUAAAAACGCUACUAUUUCAAUUAUCUAUAGUCACCGUUGAAGAGUUUUAAAUCGGGCCAUUCAAUCCCAUGACCAGCGGAAGUCGAAUGGAUCAGGUUGAUGCUCAACCAACUGACACUAUCGUUCCUGUAUUAGAAGAAAGCAAAAACUUGAAAAAUGAACAAAAUACACCUGAAACCUGGCACUUAAAAGUUUUACGUCUUUUAAAUCUUAAGAAAGGAACUUCCAAGGGAGAUAAACCCGCAGCCAAUUUGCACACUUUUCGAAAAUUGGUUGCCCUAGAGUUUAGAGGCUCACCUUUUAUAAUCUGUUUGGGUCUUCUAGCAGCUAUCAUGGAAGGUGCUGUGCUUCCUAGUUUUGCAAUUAUUUUUGGCAAAAACUUCAAUCUGUUUACGGAAAGUUCCAGUGCCAUACAAAGUACUACUUGGAAGUACUCUUUGGCCUUUUUUGCUCUCGGUGUAGGUGUCAACAUAUUGGCUUAUAUACGUGUAUCCACCUUUGGAGUUGCAAGUGAGAAACUUUCCAAGAAUCUAAGAACAGCUGCCUUUUCUAGCCUUGUUAGGCAGGAAGUCUCCUAUCAUGAUAUACAAAAAUCAGGAGAAUUGGCUAACAGACUGAGUUCAGAUGUAUCUCUAAUUCAGACUGGAUUGGCUAAGGCUGGACAAUAUAUCAUGAAUAUCUCGCAAUGUGUGGUUGGAGUUAUUAUUGGUUUAGCAUUUGGACCUGCUUUGGCUGGAGUACUGAUUGCUCUAUCACCUCUCAUUGCGCUUUCGGGUGCUAUUGAGAUGAUGCAGUUGAGUGGUUCAGUGAAAAAGGGUUCUGAAGCAUAUAAUGUGGCAGGUUCUGUAGUAUCAGAAACCUUGUCUAACAUCCGAACCACCAAGGCCUUUUGUGCGGAAGACUAUGAAGCCUCACGUUACGAGGAACGACUUGUUCCUGUAUACAAAACGGGAGUAGUGAAAUACAACAAGGAAGGCUUAUUUUUAGGCUUUUCCAUGUUGACCAUUUUUAGUGUUUAUGCCUUGGCAUUUUGGUGGGGUGGGACUUUGAUUGCAAGACAUAGUCUUAAUAGUGGUGAUAUGUUGACAGUUUUCUUUUCUGUAGUGAUUGGUUUUGUUGGUCUUGGACAAGCAGCUCAAGUUUGGCCUGAUGUAACAAAAGGAAUAAGUGCCUCAGAAACCUUAUUUGAAAUCAUUUCUCGCAAACCAACCUAUCGAAAAUUUUUGAGUGUUGAGAAGCAGCAACUACAACUUGAACAUAGUAUUCAGUUUGAACAUGUAUCUUUUGCCUAUCCUACUCGACCGGAUGCCAUUAUAUUGAAAGAUUUUUCAAUCGAUAUACCAGCUGGUAAGACAGUUGCUCUAGUUGGACCAAGUGGGAGUGGCAAAUCUACGGUCGUUUCACUUUUGGCUCGUUUUUAUGAUGUGGAACCUUAUCAUGGAGAAAUUAGAAUCGAUGGUCGUUCUAUAUUUGAAUAUUCACCCGAGCAAAUUAGAGCCAAUAUCGGUUUAGUAUCUCAAGAGCCUGUGUUAUUUUCCGGAACGAUAGAAGAAAAUAUUCUUUAUGGCAACCGAAAUGCGACAAGAGAACAAGUGGAGGCCGCAGCAAAAGCAUCCAAUGCCCAUCAUUUUAUUAUGAGUCUACCUGAUAAGUAUCAAACCCAAGUCGGUGAUCGAGGUAUUCAGCUUUCAGGUGGUCAGAAGCAACGUAUUGCUAUUGCAAGAGCUAUUUUAAAGGAUCCCAAACUUUUGUUAUUGGAUGAGGCUACUUCAGCAUUGGAUGCAGAAAGUGAGUCGUUGGUACAAGAAGCACUGGACAGACUGAUGGAAGAUUCCAAACGUACAACUGUGGUGAUUGCCCAUCGUCUAACUACUGUUAGGAAUGCCUAUUUGAUAGCUGUACUGGAGAACGGGGUACUCGUGGAAAUUGGCAAUCAUGAUACUUUGAUGAGUAAGGAAGAUGGCAUUUAUCGGAAUUUAGUUCAUCGACAACUUAUUGUGGAUUGGUCAACAAUGCGUCUUGUGAUUCGAUCCCGUAGUGGAAAGCAACUUUGUGAGGUUCAAAUAGAAGAAUCACUCACAGUAUAUCAGUUGAAAGAGAAAAUCACAGAUAAAAUUCCCCAAUUGAUUCCAUCCAGACAACGGUUGAGUAUUGAAACCAAGGACUCGAAGAGAACUGUUCUUGAUGAGACCCAAAGUUUGAAAAGUUAUCCAUUACAAGACAAUAGCAUUGUUUAUUUGAAAGACUUGGGGUUACAAGUUUCCUGGAAGUUGGUCUUUUUCUUAGAGUAUUUGGGUCCGUUGUUGAUCGUUUCCCUAUUGUCGCUUCAACCGACCGCUAUCUAUCCUUCCAAAGUACUUGGAAGAGAGCAAAAGGUUGCUGUGAUGUUGUGGUUGUUUCACUUUGGGAAGCGAGAGUUGGAAACCUUAUUUGUUCAUCGAUUUAGUCAUUCGACGAUGCCGUGGAAGAAUCUUGUGAAGAAUUGUUCCUAUUAUUGGGGGUUUGCUGCUCUUAUUGGUUACUUUUUGUGCCAUCCUUUGUACACCCCCGUUCCUAGUCCUUUGUUCUAUUUAGGUAUUUGUAUUUUUGUGUUGGCCGAAUGUGGAAACUUUGCAACUCAUUGGAUGCUACGUCAAUUGCGUUCAUCAUCUGGGUCCAAAACCAGAAAGAUUCCUCGAGGCUUUCUAUUUGAAUAUGUAUCUUGUCCUAAUUACACUUUGGAAAUAGUCGCUUGGUUAGGAUUCAAUAUGAUGAGCAACACUUUAUUAGGUUGGUUAUUUAUGUUUGUGGGUGCGAUACAAAUGACACUUUGGGCACAAAAGAAACACAGACAAUACCUCUUAGAGUUCAAUGGUAGUCAUUCCAAACCUUUGUAUCCUUCCCAAAGAAAAAGAAUAUUUCCAUUGUUAUAUUAAAGUUGGCUUUCUAUUACAAUU